AAAACCUAAAUUUUUUUAGUUUUUGUUGUUAAUAAUUAAUCAAUAACAAUGUGGAUGGGAGCGAGCGGCUGAUCAGCCAAGCCACCCUGCUGCACUUCUCAUGUCAUUUCCUUUUCUAGUGUAGCAACUAGAAAUAGUUUUAACCGCUUUCUUCUCGGAAACAAAGCUAUAGUGAAGUGCAGAGAUGGCUUAUAGAGGGAGAGGGAGAGGACGAUUUGGAGGCGGUGGUGGUUUUAGCUAUGCAAGGCAAGAGCCCUUUGAUUUAUUUCCUAAAAUUUUGCUAUUCCAGGAAAUUGAAUUACCUGAUCCCAAAAAUGUGAAGGAGGAAAGGGCAUUAGUUGUUUGGAAUUCAAGGUUGACAAACUAUUUCAAAUCCUCUCCUUGUUAUCUUGAGGAGAUUGUUUCAAAGGAGAUCCAGAGCAUGGACAUAGAAAGAUUUUCAGACAGGGGGAAGCCAAGGAUCACAUCAGAACGUGAUUCACUCGACCAAUUCUUACAGCUCACGUCAAAAAAUUUUCCUAAAGAACUGAUUGGAGGUUUAAAUAGGAAGCGGCCAAACAAAAAAGUGAAGUGGACAGCAGACUUGAGGAAGUUGGAUGAUUAUGAGAAGCGUGAAUUGAUGUAUGAGGGCCAAGCUGAAAAGGUUCAAAUGGAAAAGAAAGAAGACGAAGACGAGGAAGAUGAAGAUGAAGAACUAGAAGAACCUGAUGAUGAAUAUGAUGAUGGAGAUUAUAAUCAGAACAUUGAUUUUGAUGAUGAUGAAGACGAUUAUAACAUGGAGGAUGACAAUGCUGAUGAGGCUGUAUAUUAGUUGCCUUGCCGAGAACAUUGAUGUGUCUUUCUCUGUUAAGCAGUUUGCAAGUUUAGCAAACUGGAUCGUAUUUGCACUGGUCGUUGUCAAGUGCACUUGGGAAUUUUCAGGCUCCAUAGACAUACAGCAAGUGCUGCUUUUUGGUAAUUCCCUUUUUGUAAUAUUGACUAUUAUGCAAUAUUUUCUUGAUUGAAAGAUGCUGCAGAAAAUUAUGUGAGCUCAAGGAAAUGGAUAUUUGAUUCUUCAUUUUAUUUACAUGAGAAUCAAGAUUGCUUGAGACACGAGACUUCUGAGCAUAUGAAUUUUGGUGUGGUUUCAAGCAUCCAAAGGAGAAAGCUCUGUUCAACCUUGUGACAUAAUAUAUAUUCAGGAUUUGUUUGAGUUA